CUUCUAAGCUUCCCAGUACUUCGACGUCUUCUGCAGUUGUUUGUGAAUCAAAAACAUGUUCAGGAUUUUCGUAUUCGCAGUUUGUGGAGUCGCCAUCGCGUCAGCCGGCAUCUCGAAACAUGUGAAUGUCGUAGUUCCCGAACACGGUGCUCAAACUAUCUCAGUUGACCAUGGAUACGAAUCUGGCGGAUACGGCGGAGAUUUUGACGGACACAUCAUUGCCGAUUCCGGUAAAGGCAAUAAUGGCGCAGAACUCUCCAGUCUAGCUCACAGCUCCGCCCUUCAAGCCAAAAACGCCGUCCAGAGUCAACACACUGCAGGAAGCCAAGCCGCAUUUGGAGUUAAGAGCAAUCUGGCCAACACCGCCUUUGGAGCCGCCCAGACGGCUCAGGCUGCCCUGGUAGGAAAACAAGCCAUCGUUCAAAACCUCAAGAGACAAGCCGUCGAAGCCCAACAACAGGUGCAAGCCGAAAUUGCCCAAUACCAACAACUGGGAGCAGUCGCCUCAGCCACCCAGCAAGCUGCCCAGGAUGCUCAAAACCAGGUCAACACCCUCACUGCAGCUUUAGCUGCUGCCCAGAGUGGAGCUUCACAUGCCGAGCAAGCAGCAGCUGAAGCUGGAAACGCAGCUGCAGCACAGCAAUCUAUGGUUGAAGAAGCCAAACAACGUAUUGGACAAAUCUUGAGUCAGCUCCAGAGUGCCCUCUCAGACCUCCAAGAGACCGAAGCUUCAGCUUUGAGAGCAGCUGAAGCUGCGCAAAUCGCACAGUCUAAUGCUGCUGCUGCUGGACUUGCUGUAGCCGCUGCUAGCGCCAAGAGUGGACAUGGAGGACAUGGUUACGGGAGUUCUGGGGGUUAUCACCAUUAAUAUGCUCAUUUUGUUUAAGUGGAUAGCGAAUUUUUAAUAAACGUUUUAUUGAAGGUUA